GCUAAAUAUAGCUUUAUUCUGGGGUCCAAAUAUGGACCUGUUGCACCAAGGGAUUGGGAUAUAUGGCGAGGGAACAUAAAGUCCCGUUGCUGCGCGAGGGUUAAAUCGAUUGCCGUUUUGUACACGAGGUUUCUACCUUUGUGGGUGUUGCCGUUUUCUGCUGUUGCCUUUGUUUACAUCUUAGGACAGUUUGAGGAAAUUGUGAGCGAUGGACAGGUUGUGGUCGACGAUGGAGAGGUUGUUGUCGCAGGAGACAGUUGACAUCAUAAAAGAGAAGACAGGAGAGGGGUAUAAGUUAGUUGUCGAACUGCCAACAGGUUACAAGCUCGUGCUAGUCGGAGUCGGGGCUAUUGUUGGGUUACACUGGUAUGCCACCUCAACACAUGGGUUCUUCAAGAAGCUGGGAAUUCCUGGACCCAAACCAUCACUGUUUGGGGGACUUAGAGAUGUCAAGAAAUCUGGGUCUAUUACAAACUAUGAUCAACUGAUGAUAAAGAAAUAUGGCAAGGUCGUUGGCCUGUUUAUGAUGCGACAGCCAGUAUACCUCAUUGCUGACAUUGACAUGAUGAAACAGAUCACAGUGAAGGAGUUCCCAUCAUUCAUAAACCGCUCGAGCAACACCAACUUUCCACGAGAUCCACUGUUUCGGAAUUCCCUUAUUUUCUUGGUUGAUGAUCACUGGAAGUUCAUCCGAGGAAUCCUGAGUCCCACAUUCACAGGAGGCAGGAUGAAGGAGAUGAUACCGCUGAUGCAGAAGUGCAUGGAAUCUCUGGUGACUUAA